UCACAGCAGAAAUUCUGCGCUAAAAUCCAGAGAAUAUCUCCAUCCUCUUUUUAUUUCCAGCUCCCCAAACCCUAAUUUUCAAAAUCCGUCCCUUUCGGUUUCACCGAGAUCCAGUGGAUUCAAAAGCUAAACUCUAGGAACUCGAUCGAUCGAGUCAAGGUUUAUAGUGAGAGGUACUGUAUUGAAACCCUAGAGUUGGAGCUGGAGUAAUUUGGUUUGGAUUGGAGCUCUGAUCGAUCGCUUGAAGGUUUCUAGUGAGAGUUACUGAAUUGAAACCCUAGGCUUUGGUAAUCGAAGUUCGAGAAGAUGAAUAGUAAGAAGGAGGAGGAGAGAAACGAGAAGAUUAUUAGAGGUCUGAUGAAGCUUCCGCCUAAUAGAAGAUGCAUCAAUUGCAACAGCUUGGGUCCACAAUAUGUCUGUACAAAUUUUUGGACUUUCGUCUGUGUAGCUUGCAGCGGGAUUCACCGUGAGUUUACUCACCGGGUGAAAUCUGUGUCCAUGGCCAAAUUCACAAAGCAAGAAGUCGAGGCUCUUCAAAGGGGUGGCAAUCAGCGUGCAAGAGAACUGUUUUUGAGUGACUGGGAUGCACAGCAAAUGAGGUUACCUGCCAACAGCAACCCAGACAAAAUCAGGGAAUUUAUAAAAGCUGUUUAUGUGGAUAAAAGAUAUGCUGGAAGUAGGUCUUCUGAUAAACCUCCAAGAGACACACAGAACCAUAAGGGAGAAGAAGACCAUAGGAGAGCCAGUUCAUAUCAUUCUUUUUCUCAGAGCCCACCAUAUGACCAUCAAUAUGAAGAAAGGCGCUAUGGGAGACAAACUGGUAUGCUGACUAGGAAGCCUGGCUCAGAUCGCGGGCACUAUGAAGGGAAAAUCUCUAGUUUCUUAUACAGCCCAGGUCGCCAGGCAGAACAGAUGUAUGAGGAUAGGUUUGCAAAUGAGAGCUCUUCAAGAAUGUCAGAUUAUUCAGUUUCUAGUGAUCAAUUCAGGUUUGAUGUCCAGUCACCAAACUUCCAUGACCCGGGAUAUGGUAGCUCCCCUUCACAAGUAAGGGACAUCUUAGCUGAAGAUGCCAAAUCUCAGAAAUUGGGUGUGUCACCAGACCCAAAUAUCACGGAGGACAUGAGUAGGGCUGCACAUAUACAUAGAGGUGCAUCAUCGGGAAGCUUUGCAUCCUUUGAUAGCAGCUCUCUAAAAUCAGUUAAUUCAGGGAGCUUAAUUGAUUCUGUUCUACCACCAGAGCAUGCUCCUGAAAUUCAUCCAGCAGAUACAUCAGCCUUGCCCCCCGUUCUGCAGAUGUCUUCUGCUGCAAAUACAUCAGUGGUGGAUCUCUUUAGUCAAGAGUUUGUGCAAUCACAAGACCCUUUACGACAUACAUCUUCUGCUGCAAAUAAAACAAAUCUUGACCUUUUCAAUCAAGAAUUUGUGCAAUCACAGAACUCCUUUCCAAACCCAUCUGUAGAUCUGUUUGCUGAUUUCAAUCAUCAACCUUCAACCGUAACCUCUAAUGAGCAGAAAGCUCAGGCAGGACUUUCAUCUGAAACUGAAAGAUGGGCAACUUUUGACUUGCCCCAUCACGUUGAAUCUCCCUUUAAAGAAAGUCAGGGGCUUCCUCCAUUAGAACAUCCUGUUAAAAAAGAUGCUCCUACUGGGAGCAUUGAUUUAUUUUCAUCGAUGUUCUCAGUUCAAAAUUCUGCAAGCCCUGGACAAUCUUCAUUGGCAGAUGAUUUGUGGGCAAUUGGCUUGAAUGAAGAUUUGAGGAAUUCACAGGUACGGAAAGAAACACAAUGUCCUUCUAAUAAGAAUGCUUUUGCUGAUUCCACGGGAAACAUUCCGCAAAUUUUUCCUGGCAUCCUACCUCAGAGCAGCAUAUUACAAGAUACAAUGCAGAGGCAACUUACACCAACUGAUCCAUAUGUUAGCAAGGCUCCAGAGGUCAUGUUCAGUGAUGGAUUUCUUAAUUCAGCAAUGGAUGAUAAAGCUCCUGCAGUUGCUGUGCUUACUGGAAUGCCUGGUUCAUCACUACCUCAACCUGGAAUAUCUCAAAUGGGAAGGGCCACUCAAGAAUGGAAAGCAACAAAUCCAUUUGAUCUUCCAUACGAUUCGGGCUCAGAAGCUAACAAUGUGUUUUUGGACAUGAGCUCUUUGCAAGCAGCAUUGCCGGAACCCCAGUUAUCUUCUACCUUUCUAGGUGGGUUGCCAGACCCAUGGUUUCAGCAAAAUUCUCUCUCAACCUUUCCUCCUCCAGUACCCCAAGGAGGAUUAGCAUAUACUGGAGGGCAAGCACCUAGCUCACAACUCCAGUAAGUUGAUACCCGAUAGGGUAAAUUACAAAACCCCCUAAGGUUUUAAAAAGGACACUUCAUCCCCCUCAUUUUCAGUUUCUAGUCAAACAAUUAUAGAUAUUUGUAAUGUGGGAGUGCAUAUAAUUGCAUAUACUAUGAUAUUAGGUUUCACUCUGUAGAGACAUAAAGAGAGCGGGUAAAGCGUCACUUCAAAACAUUAGGUGUGGGUUUGGAUACAAAAGAGGGUUUGGAGGGGAAUGAUUACAGUAAUCCC